UAACCAGAGCCCCCAUUGGUGGCGUCCGGCGGCGCGGCUGCUGUUAUUUUUCGAAUAUAUAAGGAGGUGGAGGUGGCAGCUGCUGCUUAGAGGUUUCCCGGACUGGUGGCUGGUCCCUGCAUCCCUCCACCCCGCCCCACCCUCCCCGCUUCCCUCUCCUCCCUCGCUCCGACCCCGUGGCUCUUCCUCCCUCCCUCUCCCCCCUCCACCCCGCGCCCGCUCCCCACCUCGCCCCGGCCAGCUGUGCCCGGCGUCGCCCUGCGCCCGGCCCUCCGGCCAGCCUUCCGCGGGCCACGCCGCGAUGGAGCUGCCCCAGCCCGAGCCCGCGCCGGGCGUGGCUCUCAGUCCGGCCGGCGUGCGCGGUGGCGCCGAGCGUCCCAGCCACCUCCGGGGCCUCCGGCUGGGAGCUCAUGGCCUCGUGGGGUCCCCGGAGCGCGCGGCCGCUUCCUCGCCGGUCACCACCCUCACCCAGACCAUGCACAACCUCGCCGGGCUGGGCAGUGAGACCCCAAAGAGUCAGGUAGGCGGCCUGCUCACACGCCUAUCCCUGUCCCGGAGACGAGCAUCUGAAUCUUCCCUGUCGUCUGAGUCCUCUGAAUCUUCUGAUGCAGGUCUUUGCAUGGAUUCUCCAAGCCCCAUGGACCCCCAGAUGGCAGAGCAGACGUUUGAACAGGCCAUCCAAGCAGCCAGCCGGGUCAUCCGAAACGAGCAGUUUGCCAUUCGACGCUUCCAGUCCUUACCGGUGAGGCUUCUGGGCCACAGCCCUGUGCUACGGAACAUCACCAACUCCCAAGCACCUGGCAGCUGGAGGAAGAGCGAGGCGUGUGGCCGAGCUGCCCGCAGCUCUGGGGAGGACAAAGAGAAUAAUGGAUUUGUUUUCAAGAUGCCAUGGAAACCCCCACAUCCCAGCCAUGCCCAUGCUUUGGAAGAGUGGGCUGACCGAAGAGAAGCCUUUGCCCAGAGACCAAGCUCAGCCCCCGACCUGAUGUGUCUCACCCCUGAGCGGAAGAUGGAAAUAGAGGAGUGGAGUCCCCCAGCCCGAUCCCGCUUCCCCCUGACUGCCACCCAGGGGUCCUCUGAGGAAGAUGAUGGAUUUGUGGACAUCCUGGAGAGUGACUUAAAGGAUGACAAUGUGGUCCCCCCAGGCAUGGAGAGCCUCAUUAGUGCCCCACUGGUCAAGACCUCAGAAAAGGAGGAAGAGCAGGGCCUCAUCAUAUACAGCAAGUGCCAGCGGCUCUUCCGUUCUCCGUCCAUGCCCUGCAGCGUGAUCCGACCCAUCCUCAAGAGGCUGGAGCGGCCCCACGACAGGGACCUGCCCAUACAGAACAAGCGGAGGAAGAGCGUCACCCCUCCAGAGGAGCAACGGGAGGCCGAGGAACCUAAAGCCCGUGUCCUCCGCUCAAAGUCCUUGUGUCAUGAUGAGAUUGAGACUAUCCUGGACAGUGACCACCGAGAACUGAUUGGGGAUUACUCCAAGGCCUUCCUUCUGCAGACUGUGGAUGGGAAGCACCAAGAUCUCAAGUACAUCUCACCAGAAACGAUGGCAGCCCUGUUGGCAGGCAAGUUCAGCAACAUUGUGGAGAGGUUUGUGAUUGUGGACUGCAGGUACCCCUACGAGUAUGAAGGCGGGCACAUUAAGACUGCCGUGAACUUGCCCCUGGAACGGGAUGCUGAGACCUUCCUGCUACAGAGCCCCAUCACACCCUGUAAUCUGGACAAGAGAAUCAUCCUCAUUUUCCACUGUGAAUUCUCAUCUGAACGUGGUCCCCGCAUGUGCCGUUUCAUCAGGGAGCGUGACAGAGCCGCCAACGACUAUCCCAGCCUCUACUAUCCUGAGAUGUAUAUCCUCAAGGGCGGCUAUAAGGAGUUCUUCCCACAGCACCCGACCUUCUGUGAGCCCCAGGACUACCGGCCCAUGAACCAUGAGGCCUUUAAGGACGAGCUGAAGACCUUCCGUCUCAAGACACGCAGCUGGGCUGGGGAGAGGAGCCGGCGGGAGCUCUGUAGCCGCCUGCAGGACCAGUGAAGGCCAGCACCAGUCCUGCCUACCUUCUCUUCCUCGUGGCCUGGGUGCCAGCCACCUAGGGCCCUGCAGGGCUGAGGGUCUGCUGGAGGCCCCAGGUGCCAUCCAGGGGAAGGGCAGUGAGGGUGUCCUGUCUGUCUGCCCCCAGCCCUGGUCCCCAUGUCUCCAUUCAAUCAUACUUCAGACCCUUGUCCCACCCCCACCCCAGCCCAGCCCCUGGAGGAGCCCAGCCUGUUGAUUUGGUGAAAUUGGAUUAUGUCGAGCUCUAAGGAAGUAUUUUGUGUCCAGCAGGGACCUUUUUUUGCUUUUUUUCCUUCCUUGUUUGAGUUAACCCUUUGUCUUCCCAUGUCCAGAAAAGACCCGCCUUUUCUCUAGGGGCUUUGUUUGUAUGUGGCCAGAGGAAAGCCACAGCCCCCCAGGAUGGGCCAAGGCAGAAUUCCUCCCUGUGAGGGGAGCUGGCACUGCGGCCGGGCCCUCUCUAGCACUCCUGGGUGUGUCUGCCAUGUUUUCUUUCUCUUUCUCUUUCCUGUCCCUCCACAUGAACACCUGCAGCACAAACAUAACCUCUUACUCUUUCCUGUUUCAGUGUUACCUGCACGCUUGAUUCAUUUGUCUGAUUUGUUGCCCAUCUCAGGAUAUUCACAGGCUGAGGAUUAGGCUCCCCUCUCCAGCUGGGGUUAGAGACUCUGAACAUUAAUUAGCCACUUGACCCUAGCUCCUCAGGGGCCCUUGGGCCAGGGCUAAGGCCUGCAUCCUGAGCCCCUGGAAGCCCAGACCUCACUGCUGUGAACCCCGGGGCCCGACUGGUCAGAAUUUGCUGCUGUCUUGUUGUGGAUGGACAGAUGGACGAAUGGACGGAUGAUGGAUGGAUGGAUGGAUGGAUGGAUAGCCAUGGAUGCCCAAUGCCUUGCACACACAAACUGCUGAGUUGAAGCAUUUCAGUGAGCAUGACAGCCUGCGGCAAGAAUAUAUAUGUGUCUGUCUGUGUGGACAAACUCUUUACACUUUAAGGUUUGGAAAUAUUCAAGAUGAAAUGUCAUAGAAGCAGCGAAGCCAAGGACAGAGCCAUGUCCGGAUUCCGAAUCUCAGGAUGUGUGGGGGGCUGUGCUUGAAGGCCCAGAUGAGUCAUCUGUUUGGGCCUUGGUUCAAUAAAGCACUGAGCAAGCUGAGUAACCAGCAUUGUGUCCUAUGGGCCCUUGACAAGACCAUGGCAGACGCUGAUGGCGGGGGUAGGAUAGCCACAGGUCAGUGGAUGGGGGCCGGAAGACUCCUGCAGAGGUGGCCUCAUGUUCUCUUCCCAAGGCAGCCUUGCCUCUCCUUCGUGUAUCUAUUCAAACACCUCUAAGCUCACCCUUUCUAAACUGCACCAAGUAACCAAAGUGACCCUGUCACUGCUCAAGAAUUGUCAGUGGCUCCCCACUGCCCUCAGGAUAAACUUAUCCCUGCAUCGCCCUUUAGGACCUGCCCCCCCCCCCCCCCAGGCCCAUUCCUCACCUCAUUUGACUCAAAUCCCCAUGUCUUGCUCUUCACAUUUCCUUCCUUUGCACCUGCUGCAUCAUCAGGAAUGUUCUCUCCCUGUUAUUCCUCCUUUGAGACUCAAUUUCAGAUGUCACCUCCUCCCAGAAGCCUUCCUGCCCUGUCAGAAAACUGACUUUCCUCUCAGCGGCCCCAGCACCCCGCAGAGGUUCCACCACGUAGGGAGAUGCCAAGUUCAAGAUCAAGAGAGUGGAAAAGGGCCAAUCUGGGAGAAGGGGUCCCAGGCCCAAACCUGGUGUCUCAGGAAAUUCCCUCAGAACACCACUGCAGGUGACCCUUGCCCCCAAAUGCGAGUCUGUGAUUGCGGGGCCUCCUUUGCACACAUGUACAGAUAAGGUACUACCUGAUACAGAGUGUGUCAAACAUGUGGGGCAUCAUUACCACUUUCUGUCAAAGUUCAUCUACCUUCUGAAGUAGGUGGUGCUAACGAUUAUUCACUCCAUUUUGUAGAUGGGAAAAUGGAGGCUAUUUCCUACCAGAGCAAUAAAGGACUCCAGAUUCCCAGGCUGAGUCUAAACAAUG